GUAAUAAUACUAUUCUCAACUACUCAGACUUCAAUAUGCAGGUAGUUUCGACACUCCUUCAAUUUUUAUAUUUCGUGGCAGGGGCUUUAGUCAUUGCCUCUCCUGUUGCCUCUCCUAUCAACAGGCCUACACAAGGGGAAUGUGUCAUCGUUAAAUGGGUGAUCGAUAAACUCGUUGGCAUACAAUUCGCAACACCAUUCUGUUCGGAUUAUCUCCAGAUCUCAAAGGCCACGAAGACAUCAUCUGUGCCCACUACGGCCUCAACCACAGCUACAACUACCAAGAGUAGUAGUUGGAAUAGUACAUCUACUGCGAAUGGCACCGUUUCAGCAACUCCAGCAACGACGUAUAUAGAGGUUCGAUCUCCAACUAAAGUCACUUCUCUGCCUGAUGUCCUAGCUACUAUUAAGCAUGACGAGCUCUCAACGGCAUGCGAGUGCUUUAUCUCAGCACCCGCCACCACAGCUACAAGCACCUCCUCUUCGAGCAUCACUGCAAACAGCCCCGUAGUCACCACUACAAGCACUGGCACUGGUUCAAGCGCUGGCACCGUGACCGCCAGCCCCACGACAACAACCACGUCCUGCCAAAAGCCAGGGCAAUGCGGGCUCUCCUGGGCUCCAUUCACCAACGGCACCGGGCAGACCUACAGCGAGACGAAGCCAGGACACCAUAAGACCCAACCCCCUGAGCCCUCCGACACCACCUCCGCCCCCGCCAGCGGUGUUGUUAGCAACUCCGUUUCCCUAUACCCAACCUUCCCAUCCGUACUCCCCUUCCCCAACCAAACCACCAGCGCUACCUCCCCAUCCUACAAACCGGCUCCUUCAGCGUCAGGCGGGAUCCAAAACUAUACCGGGGUCGUGCACGCGCGAAAUCCAGGUUGGCUAUAAGCUACAGUACUG